GGAUUUGGUAUCCCUAUUGCUAGUUAAAUUAUGAGAAAAUUAGUGCUGAAAAGAAAGUAGCUUUGGGGUCAUCUUCAAUUGAAGUUGAGCGACUGGGGAAGGAAUUAUCUAUGCUCCAAGAGUGUUAUGCCUUACUGAAAAAAGAAAAAGAGCUUAGCUCUUCCUCUACUUCUGUUGAAAAGGCGUCCCUUGAAUCUUCAAAUUCUAUCCUUUAGCAAUGGUUGGAUGACUUGGCUUUAAACAAUUCUACCCUAAAGGGUUUUGUUUUUGGGUUGAAAGCACAUGUUUCUACCUAGGAAGUUUCUACCUCUUCUAUCAUUCAGUCUUUCAAGGAAUCCUCUGAGGGUUGAUUAUGCUUAUCGCAUCUUCAAGUUUGAGAGUAUGGAUGUUGUUGUGGUGGUUUAAGUUGAUCCAAAGUUGAAGAAAGUUUAUGAUGAAGGUCCAGCACAUGUUCCUCUGGGCAGCUCUCUGGUUGAAGUAAAGGAAAGAUUGAGCAGCUUCUGGUAUGCAGAGGAUUCUGCUAUAGCUAUUCAUAACAUGUGUAGUUCUACGGAUGCGAAGGUUCUCAAGGCUUGAGAACUCUAUUUCUCAACAUUUCUUUGUAGAGGUACGGAUCUUGUUAGUUUAGGCAUAGCUUUCCUUCUUUGGAAUUUUUUUUUUCUAAAAUCUCUAUCUUUUGCAAUAUCCAAGUUUGAACAAAGUUUCACCUAUAGGUGUGUGAUGAAUAGUUCUAUUAACCAUAGGGUGUAAGAUAAUUCCUCUGUCCAUGCACCUUUCGCUUUUCAUACUUUUUCCUUCAAACUUUCCAAUAUAGCUUAGUUUGUGGU